GAGAGAAAGGAGACACAAACCCCAGCAGAAGUCCCAGAGCAUGCAAAAAGACAGAUUAUGGCUCUCAUGAAACCUCUUUCUGUCCAAAAACUUCCCCUCUUGUUCUCUAUUUUGAUCCUCAAACAUUUCAGAAACCCAAAACGAACUACUCAUCAGGGGAAUUUCUACACUGCUGACAGCGUUGAGUAUCACAAAUUUCAGGUUCUUGGACAGAGACAAGACCUGGAGGACCAGUUCUUGAUCUUCAACGUGGAAACAUCGCUGUUGAGAUCCUCAUCACUUUUUCCUUACUUCUUGCUGGUGGCGUUUGAAGCUGGAAGCCCAAUAAGGGCCUUCAUCUUCUUGAUUCUGUACCCCUUUAUUACCGUCUGUCGGGACGGCCUCGCCUUAAAACUCAUGGUAAUGAUUUGCUUUUUCGGGAUAAGUAAAGACAGGUUUAGAGAAGGGAGAGCUGUUCUGCCCAAGUUUUUCCUGGAGAAUGUUGGGAGGGAGAGCUUUGAGGUAUUGAGAAGAGGGAAAAAGACUGUGGGUGUGAGCAAUUUGCCUCAUGUGAUGGUGGAGAGCUUCUUGAGAGAUCAUCUGGACAUAGAUUAUGUUGUUGGGAAAGAUUUGAAGGUCUUUUGUGGAUAUUUUGUGGGACUUAUGGAAGAAAGAAGGAAACUAAUUGUACCAGAUAAUGUCCUUCACAAUGCCAUCGGAAUCAGUGGAUGCAAGAAGGACUUUGAUUGUCCAUGGUUUGCUCAUUGCAAGGAGAUUUACUUGGUGAAUGAACAAGAAAGAAGGAAUUGGCAUCAACUCCCAAGGAAUUCAUACCCGAAGCCCCUCAUUUUCCAUGAUGGAAGACUGGCUUUCCAGCCAUCUUUCUUGGCUGCACUAGCCAUGUUCAUGUGGCUCCCUCUCGGUUUCACUCUUGCAAUAAUCAGAACUCUCAUUGCUUUAACACUUCCAUUUGAGAUUGCCAUCCCUUUAAUGCAUUUCAUCGGCAUAAGAAUCAGGGUUUCUAAGCCCCAUAGCUUCUCAAACAGAAAACAUGGUGAAGCCAAGAGAAGGUUAUAUGUCUCUAACCACAAGACCUUAUUGGAUCCGAUAGUUGUCUCUUAUGCUACGAGAAAUACAACCUUAACUGCAGUCACUUACAGUCUGAGCAGAAUGUCAGAGAUCAUUUCGCCUAUAAAAACUGUACGUUUGACAAGGCACAGAGAUCAAGAUGCUGAGCUAAUGCACAAGUUGUUGAGUCAAAACGACCUAGUUGUGUGCCCUGAGGGCACCACUUGUAGGGAAUCGUAUCUGCUCAGGUUCAGCCCUUUGUUCUCAGAAAUAAGCAACGAGGUUUUCCCUGUCGCCGUGAAUUGUCAUAUUAGCAUGUUUUAUGGUACGACUGCGAGAGGGUUGAAGUUCCUGGAUCCUUUCUUCUUCCUCAUGAAUCCAUGGCCUAGCUAUUCGGCUCGUUUCCUAGGUGUCAUUCAUCGUGCCGGGGGUUCAAGGUUCGAGGCGGCCGAUUUGGUGCAGAGUGAGAUAGGCAAGGCGUUAGGUUUCACAUGCACAAAGCUCACGAGGAAGGAUAAGUACUUGAUCUUGGCUGGAAAUGAUGGAGUUGUUAGAGAUGGUAGUAGAAGAACAUGAUCCUUUGCAUUUCUUACCUUAUGUUUUAUUACAUCAAUAUACGUAUGUGUGUGUGUGUUGGUAAAAGAUUCCUGCACUGCGGUAAAAGUGCAUGAUUUGUGUCUUGGAUGUUUUUUCAUAUAUCUUAUGAGCAAUUAAUACGUCGUUGUUUCAAA